AUGGCGUCCCCUACUGUCAUCACCCCGACAGAGAUUUGGCGCAUGAUAUUUGCAUUCCUAUCGCCCAGCGACCUCCGGGCGGUGGGUCUUACAAAUAGGGACUUGCGCACUCUUGCGGAACCAAUUCUCUACGCCCAUAUUAAAUGGACAUGGACGAGGCCCGAGGUGGCUAGUUUCGUUCAUGAGUUAAUUCUCAGCGGAGGUACUUUCGACGAACAGCCAUGGCAUAACUCUAAAUAUAAGAGUCCAAAACUCCAAGUCAGCGAAGUUGUCACAGAUCAGCUAGUGGAAUAUGUCGAAAGCGUUCAUGUUCCAUAUACCGAAGAAUGGGUUCAAGAGCUGCGUGCCGGGUCAAUGGACGCAUUCGCAACACUUUUACUAUCACAACUUCCCAAUCUGAAGUAUCUCCACCUAGGCAAGAAUUUCACCCGAGAGAGUCGCUUCAUAGGCAUGAUGAUCCGCUCGGCUCUCUGCGAUGAGUCCCGGGAUAGCCAUAUCUCCUCUUUUGCAUAUCUCCAAGAUGUAUCAGCUCAAUGUCCCGAUCUUGCUUGCUAUAUUCGCAGAUAUACGGACUUCAGGAAUACGGCAGACAACCUUCCCUUCUAUUAUUUACCAUCAAUUGAACGGCUAAGCCUCUCAAUCGACAAUCCCACUACCUUUAAUUGGACAGGGAAGUGUCCGCCAAAUCCAUUGAGACUUACAUCGCUCGACUUGACCAUGGUGCGCGAGGGACAUCUCGGUCAACUGUUGUCAGUUACCCGAGGCCUUCGGGAGCUUGAAUGCUAUUGGCUUUACCGCCCAGAUAUUGCAGAUGACUUCGUCACAGAUACUAUCGAUUUGGACCAAAUCGCCACGGACCUAUCUCACAUUCAAGAGACUUUGACAGACCUGACUAUUAAGGCUGGAUCAGCUGGGUGGCCGUCGGGUAUCUACAUGCCACCGCUCCAUUUCAAUGGUUCGUUCAAUUUCAGCGCACUUCAUAUGCUGGAGAGAAUCAAGAUACCGCUUCCAUUUGUGCUUGGAUUUUCACCAUCGACUUCAAACACGGUGCACCUCGGGGAAGCACUCCCAAAAAGCCUUGAAUGGCUAAAUAUCACCGACGAUAUACGUUUUCAGGAGGAAUGGGAAUGGGAUCGCGAUACCUCUCACUUAGUGGGGGUUAUUCGAUCAUGGCUACAGAACUGGAGGGUAUUCACACCUCGCCUCCGCGGUUUUUGUCUAUCGGGGGAGGACAAGAUACAGGAUUGGCAAGAUGAGAUGUUAGAUGGACUGGAAGAAUUAGCUUUGGAGUUUGGGGUUCAGAUUUAA